GACUCCUUGACUCAUAAAAUUGAUACUUUCUGUCGUCUGCAUCAGCUAGUUUGUAUUUUAUAGUAGGUAAAAUCGCUAGUAUUCUUUUCACAGGUUGGUCGCGCAACUAGAUGAUGCUUAUUGUAAAGCUACACCGGCACUUUUUCCGAUAGAGACGAGUCCGAGUGACACUUAUAGUCUAGCUGAGACUUACUAAUUAAGAGCCCAUCAUUAUUGUCUGUUUGUCUCGCAACAGCAUCAGACGAAAAUUACAAUAUUAUGAAAAAUGGAAUCGCUUUAUGAUGUCGACCCGUCUGAGGCACCAAAUAAUGCUAAAGAGAAAGGAAAAAAGAAUAAAAAAUUGGUUAAAAAAGGUUUUAUUAAUUAUAAAAUCAAGAAGUCUUAUUCAAAAGACAUUCACUCAAGCAGUAUUUCAACCAACAAAUCUAGAUGGGAGCGACUACUAUUUCUUGCAUAUCAACUAGCAAGGGAUGCAGGUGUCGAACUUCUCCUUUUUGGAUACUUCCCCAAUGACAUGGUAGGAAGUUGUGGCAGUUGGUCAUUUGGUAAGAUCACCAAAUUGUUGAAAAAGAAACCUGAUACCACAAAGUAUUACAAUUAUUGGGAAACAUUUUUUUCCCUGAUUGAAGCACAACGACAGAACAAAGAGACUUUUGAUGUUGAAAAAUGCCAUGAAGCAGCAACUUUCAAUUUUUUUGCCUCUGAAAAUAUGGAUUCUGAUGGUGCUUCAGAUGUGGAAAAUGAAUCUGAAGAUGCAGAUGUGGAAAAGGAAUCUGAAGAUGCAGAUGUGGAAAAGGAAUCUGAAGAUGCAGACGUGGAAAAGGAAUCUGAAGAUGCAGAUGUGAAAAAUGAAUCUGAAGAUGCAGACAUGAAAAAUGAAUCUGAAGUUGAGGCUCUUGAAGAAAUUGUUAUUCCUUCAGAUGAGAAAAAUUCAAUGGAAACAUUGGAAUCAGUGGAAUUUGAGUCAGUGGAUCAAUUACAAAGAUGGCUGAAUUCAGCUAAUGCAACAGAAUCAAGUGUAACAGAAACAGAAAUAAUUUUGACUAUAGAUCCGGAAACUUCGACAGUAUCUUUUCCAACAUCACUCCAAAAUGCAACUGUCACUGCAAAAACCCAACCGCCACCAGCCUUUAAGGUUCCUGACACACGUAUGUCAUCAGUUUCAGUCACAUUUGACGAUAAAGCUACAAGAACACUUACACCAACGCCACUAGCCACUAAAUAUCCGGCAACCACGCCGCUGCCUACAGAUUCGUCGUCUACGCCAUUCGUUUCAUUGGGCGCUAUCUGUGUCAAUUGUGCCGCCAAAGUUUCGGAAACAUUGCCAGCCACAAAAGAUCCGGCAUCAUCGCAACUGCCCAAAGUUUUUGGUCGUGCGCCGUCAGCCGCUAAAGCUGAGGGAACACCAACGCUGCCAGCCACAAAAGAUCCGGCAACAACAUCACCGCCUACGAAUUCGGAUCUGACGCCAUCAGUUCCAUUGGACGUUACAUUUAUCACAUCGGCCGUUAAAGCUUCGAAAACGCAGCAAGCCACAAAAGAUCCUCCAAAAACAUCGCUAACUACGUAUUCGGAUCCGGUGCCAUCAGUUCCAUUGGACAUUACAUUUAUCACAUCGGCCGUUAAAGCUUCGAAAACGCAGCAAGCCACAAAAGAUCCUCCAAAAACAUCGCUAACUACGUAUUCGGAUCCGGUGCCAUCAGUUCCAUUGGACAUUACAUGUGGCGCAUUGGCUGCUAAAGCUUCGAAAACGCCGCAAACCACAAAAGAUCCGGCAUCACCUUCGCUAACUACGGAUUCGAAUCCGGCGCCGUCUGAUCCAUUGGGCAUUACAUGUGUCGCAUUGGCCGUUAAAGCUUCGAAAACGCAGCAAGCCACAAAAGACCAGGCAACAACAUCGCUGCCUACAGAUUCGAAUCCGGCGCCAGCAGUUUCGGCCGCGUCGGCCAUUAUCAGGAAUCAGCCGCCGCGGAGUCAUGCUAAAAAACGAACAAUCACUAAAGUUCUAGCAUCAACACCACUGCCUGCUGAAUCGUCUCCUACACCAUCAGUUUCGGCCACACUGAUCGCUAAACGGAAACAGCCACCGCUAAAAAAAGCUAAAAAAGCGGAAGUAGAGGCUAAAUAGACAAGCUGUAAUGCGGAUGUUUGUUAAGAGGUAGAGGUUUUAUUUACACAGUACCCACUAAACGACUAGUUACACCCUCCUUUUUUCAGUGCGUUCUCAAUGCGCUACGUGUCUCUCUCAGGAAAACUUUUGUACAAUUUUUAUGGUUGGAGCAAGAUUUUUUUCCCCCCUUCAUCAGGCAUUGUUGUCUUUUGCCAAGAUUGAUGUAGUAUGCUAUAGACAAAAAGAAAUGUUUUUUGAGGACUAUGCAACAAUAUCUAAAUGAUGUCCAGUCCAGUGUAUCACAGUUUUCAAGGUUAGUCAAGUUUUGUUACAUCACCACAGGAAGGAAAAUAUUCAGGCAGUAAUUCUUUAUAGAAUCUUAAAUCUAGAUCUAAAAAUACGCAGAAGAUAACUCUUUCUACCGAUGAUACUUCACAUUCAAGGAACUUUCGCACUGCUGAAAGUGCUACUUCAGCUGCAUCUCUGUUUGGAAAACCAUAGACCCCAGUUGAAAUGCAUGGAAAUGCCUGUUGAAAAUUUGCUGAUAAGAUAAUGGAAGUAAACAAAAUUACAAAGUGUAAAAACUCAA